CUUGCAAGGCAUGCCUUCAUCCUUUACGUUGCUGCCUCAUUGUUCCCUCGCUUGAUGCAUCAAAAGCCCGAUACGUACCUUUGUCGGCGACAUCGAUCGCCAAACGAUGACUUGUGCUUCUUUCCCAUCUCAAACCCUUAGCCCGACACCUCGCAGCAAAUCUCUUCCUCAGUCAUCUUCAGCAGCUUGCGUUUGCCUUCACUUCAUCGAGACAAACCAAAAAAGAGGCCGUUAUUUGAGAGGGAAGACAGCGAUAUCUCGUUCGUCGACGAGACUACUUCCAUGGGUACCUCUCUGUGCCAGAAAACCUCCGCCGCGAGGUGAGAGUCAAAAGCAAGAGCAAAUGGCUCCGUCGUCACCGCUGUCUGAUUUGAUUCACGGAUUCUGCUCAUCUGUCAAUGAGAAAGAACUGAGUAGAUUAGAGAAACUCUUGUCCAAGGACUGCAUUUUUGAGUCCUCGGCGUACUCGAAACCCUUACAAGGAAAGAGGAUCAACCAGUUCUUCAAGGAACUCACGGAAGCCAUGGGAACUCAUGUAAGAUUUGUCAUCGACGAGGUGUACGAGGGGAAGGAACUAACGACUGCAGCAACAUGGCAUCUUGAGUGGAACAACCAGUUCAUCCCCUUGACGAAAGGCUGCAGCUUUUUCAAGUGUUCUAAAGAUGGCGACCUGCUGCUCAUCAAGGAAGCUCGUGUCCUCGUUGAGUCACCUGUGAAACCAGGAGAUCUUGUUCUUGGGACGCUGAAACGUAUCAUCUCUCUGUUUGACAAAUUCCCGAGAGUAGCUGGAUGGUACUUACGGAAGCAUGAUGUGCUACUUCAUUAUAUUUGCAUAAUAUACAUGUUUUUGCGGCCUGUGAUCCUUCCACUCUUCGUGUACUACACAAAUCAGUGGGUAUGGCUUCAACUUAAAUUACCACAAAAUAUUCUACAGAUGUUCAUAGACUAUGUAUGGAAAUUACUAUUAAUCAUCAUAAAAAGGCUUAUGUGA